CUUAGACCCUUAAUUGGGUUAGAUGGCUGCCAUUUGAAAACACCUAUGGGAGGGCAACUACUAUGUGCUGUAGCUAGGGAUGGAAAUGAAAACAUGUUUCCUCUUGCUAUAGCAUAUGUGGAUAGUGAAGAUAAAGCUUCAUGGACUUGGUUCUUGCAAGUAUUGUUUCAAGACUUUGGCAGGCCAGAGGAAACUAACUGGGUUUUCAUGUCUGACAAACAAAAGGGUUUAGUUGAGGCAUUCAAGGCUGUGUCACUUGCCAAUGAACACAGAUACUGUGUGAAGCACAUGUAUGAGAACUACAAGAAAAUCUUUAGAGGGGCUGAGUACAAAAAGAAGCUCUGGUUUGCAGCUAGCACUGGAAGUCUGAGGUCAUGGGAGAGGCAAAUGGAAGGAAUAAAGAAGUUUGAUGAGGCUGCUUACAACUGGAUUAUGCAGUAUGACCCAAGUACUUGGAGCAGAUCUCAUUUUUCAAUUCAAGCACAGUCUGAUGCUUUGCAGAAUAACAUAUGAAGACCCAAGAAAAAAAGGAUUAAACAACCUGAUGAAACAAGGAAUCCCUAUAAGGUGUCUAGGGCAGGUAAGCAGGUCAUAUGUGGCAAUUGCAAGCAAGUGGGUCACAAUGUUAGAGGGUGUAAGACUU